GCGCUCGCUGUUCGUCGACUUCGAGACGACCUGUGUGAAUCGAAACAUAUACGGGUGUGCGUGUGGCGUUCGAACCGAUAGCAUCUAAUCUCUAUUUAUAUUAUUUCGUCGUGCACGAUAUACGGAUUUGACACAUAACAUAACUAUUAAUUAAUCGUGACUGUGUAUCACAUUUCCGCGACUCAAAAACGCGAAUCUUUCACGGUGGAUAAAAUUUCUUGACUAUUAUCAUCAUAAUGACAAAUGAACGCAAUCAUAACGAUAACAUAGUGGAUUACGUUUCGCAAGAGCUGACUAACGAAGAUAAAAAAUAUGCAGCGGAGUAUUUGAACGAAACCGAUGAGACUAGAGAGAAUGCUGUCUCAGAAAUCAAACUUUGGAUCGAGAACGAAUUGCGCAUACAAAUUGAUGAUUUUCUUAUCCUACGAUUUUUAAGAGUUGGCAAAUUUAACCUUGAGAAAACUAAAAUCAGGAUACGAAAUUAUUACAAACAACGAUCCAAUUUACCGGAAUGGUUCACGAAUAAGAAUCCGUUUCAACCGAAAGUGCAGGAAUAUCUUAAUUUGGGCAUGUUUUUGCCUCUGUUGAAACCAGACAAUCAAGGAAGAUUGAUUUUGCUUAUACGCGGCACUCUGAAUGAUCCAAGAAUACACAACAUAGCAGACAUGUCGAAGGCAUGUAUGUUAACAAUAGAAUUAGCGGUGAAAUUUUAUCCUGCAGCAUCCGUGUAUGGUAUUGUAUCGUUGAUAGACAUGAUUGAUCCAACUAUACGUCACAUUCUUCAAUUUGGUCCUCAUACGAUAAUGAAUAUAAUUCACACAUGGCAGAGUUGUUAUCCUAUGAGAUACCAGGCCUUUAACGUAUUCAAUGUCCCAAAAUUCUUCAAUGUUAUAAUAAAUCUUGCUAAAUCUUUUAUGACCAAGAAAUUGAAAGACAGAUUUCACGUAUACGCAGACAAUCUUGAGUGUUUCAAGGAUAUUCCAGCUAACAUUUUGCCCGUCGAGUAUGGCGGCACUGCUGGUACAUGCCAAGAAUUAACAGAAUAUUGGAAGAAAGCGAUCGAAGAGAAUUCCGACUGGCUUACGAAAGAUGAUAAUGUUCAAAUUGAGUAACAUUUGAAACAAUAGUUGUUGAAUGGGCAGAAAGUAUUUGUUAUCAACACACAUUUGGA